CCCGUCGGCUGCCGCUUCGCUUUCGUCGCCACUCGACGUCUCCUCCCACUCGUCGUCAGAGAUGUCUGAACACACGCGAUUCACAAGAACGAGUCGUUAUUGCAUCUUUCGCCAAUACAAAAAAAACUGUGGAGAUGUCAGAGGAAAUCACGUCACUGUGCGCCUUACCGUCUGAGGAGCACAUGUUGACGAGGAUCUCUAAGGACGUCUGCUGGGCUGUCAGCAAGGCCACCGCUUCCCUCAGCUCCUCCAGCUCCCUCUGGACGCAAACAAGCCGCCUUACUUUCGGGAUGGAAACUGCACGCGAGGAAACAUACUUGAUAACUGGAGGGUGUGGAUACUUUGGCUAUCGCCUGGCAGCCGACCUGUAUAAAAACGGGGCCAAAAUCAUCCUGUUUGACGUCAUACCGCCGAAGGAAGACAUGCCAGAUGGAAUUACGUUUGUCCAAGGAGAUAUCUGCAACUACACAGAGGUGGUGAGCGCCGUUUUCGGUGUGCACUGUGUGUUCCACGUGGCGUCGUACGGCAUGUCUGGACGGGAGCAGCUGAAACGAUCUCGAAUUGAGGCAGUGAACGUGGAUGGCACCCGUAACGUUAUAGAGGCGUGCGUCGAGUGCGGCGUACCGAGGCUGGUUUACACCAGCACUUUCAAUGUGGUUUUUGGGGGUCAGGAAAUAAAAAAUGGAGACGAAAGCCUGCCGUAUCUGCCUCUCGAUCUCCACCCGGACCAUUAUUCCCGAACUAAGUCUAUUGCGGAGGUGGCUGUCCUUAAAGCAAAUGGAACGGCGCUGAAGAACAAAUCCGGGGUACUGAGAACUUGUGCCCUGCGUCCGGCUGGAAUUUAUGGGCCUGGCGAGCAGAGGCACCUCCCUCGAAUUGUGAACUACAUUGAAAAGGGAAUCUUUAGGUUUGUCUAUGGUAAAGCCAGCAGUUUGGUGGAAUUCGUCCACGUGGACAAUCUGGUAUUGGCACAUGUGCUCAGUGCCGUUGCACUGACUGCACAGGGGCGUCACCACGCCGCUGGCCAGGCCUACUUCAUCUCCGACAGUCGUCCCGUCAACAAUUUUGAGUUCUUCAGACCCCUAGUGGAAGGUUUGGGGUACCCUUUCCCGACACUGCGCCUUCCCAUCACCCUGGUUUACUUCGCUGCCUUCCUAAUUGAGAUCAUCCACCGCUUUGUUGCACCAUUCUAUGAUUUCCAGCCGCUUCUGACACGCACAGAGGUCUACAAAACAGGGGUGACGCACUACUUCAGUAUGGCCAAGGCCGAGGCCCAGCUCGGGUACCGACCCAAGGAGUACGACCUGGACCAAGUGGUUCAUUGGUUUCGGAGCAGGGGACACGGGCGGAAACGGCAAAACUCCAGCAUCGGUCGACUGGUGGUGAACCUUAUUAUUGUUGCUGCUUUUAUGGUCGCGGUGCUGUCAUUUUUACCAGUUGUCGGUAGCUGAUUGUGCUGUGUAUAAUAUAGUAAACUUUUUAACUCAAUGACAGUGAAUGAGUCAAAUUUUCUUCACAAUUUUAUUGAGCUCUCGGGUUUUUUAAAGAAUGUCUGUGACAUGUUUUCAUUUUAAUCUUGCAGCAAUCAAGAAUUCUAUUCAUAAUUUCAAAAUAAAGAAAAGUGAAUUUAUUUUUUGUAUUCACUGCAAGUGCCGGACUCCUUAACUUCCAUUAUUAACUCGGGUUAAACUUGUAUUUUCUCCAAGAUCUGAUUCAAGAUCUCACUUUCUUUGCCGAGAUUUAUUGCUUUGACACUACUUUUCCAAUUUUUUUUUUCCUAAUUCGUAUUCUUUACAUCAAUUACCGUGUUUUCCGGAUUAUAAGUCGCACUUUUUCUUCAUAGUUUGACUGGUCCUGCGACUAAUACUCAGGUGCGAUUCUGCACCCUCUACGCUACUCAACUUUGAGUUAGUGCAGUUUUUCAAAAGUGAUACUGAAGAUGAUGACUUGUAUGGAUUUGGUAGUGAUUUGGCGUAAAAUCGAGAGUUUGUUUUGUUUAUUAUUAUCUGAAUAACUGUUUAUAUGAUAUACAGUGGGGAAAAUAAGUAUUUAGUCAACCACUAAUUGUGCAAGU